AUGGAGCGACAGGCAGCAAGUAGACGGCGUCCCCGAAAAGCUUCCGCACCUGUCCGUACACCGCGAUAUUGGCCUAAUUUGCUAUUCUAUCGCCAGGCUACACAACACAUUUUGAAUAACUUAACUCCGGCUGAUGUUCGCUGUCUAAUUCGAUUGCUGGAUUCGACUAAUCGUGCCGGUGAUUUCCAACUUGUUUUUCCAGCAACAACUGUGGAAGCAACUGCAGAGUACUUGACCUACUUCAGGGCUCCCGGCUACUACAAUCUUCUAACUUUUGCCUAUUUAGAUAAAUAUAAGGCCAAUAGCCAAAUGGGUGAGUUUUUGUCUCAAUUUCGAGUGAAGAACUUUUUAAGGUUUCUAAAAUGGGUGUUUGGGUGUACUUAUUCAAUUCUUUUGCCAAAAAUCGCAGAGAUAGCUGCUUCAUGGACCUCCUUCCAUACCAAGGUCCAAGCGAAAUAUUCAAUAGUCGAUAGUCCAGUGCAUGAGAAACGACGGUACUCUAGAUUUUUCGAGCCCAUUCAGUUGGAUGCAAAUACAGUUCAAUAA